AUGUUUGAGCCUGCGUCUGUGAUGUUGCACCUCUGUGUCGAGCGUCUGGAGAAUGUUGAGCUGACUACAACAUUCUCUAUCGGCGCUGGUUUCAAUCGCCGCGCUUACUUUUUGUUUUUGCACGUCUGGAUGCUUCACCGCCGUGCGAUGAAGGAAUGCCCUUUGGGCAUAUUGUUGGACCGUUAUUUGUUCUCCUGUGCUUUUAAUUUGUUGAGCGAAUGGCUGGUUAAACGUGGCGUUCCCGAACACCGUUUCAAGCGCGAACGUGAAAAUUGCCAGGCGUUCAUGAUGAAAUUUUUGGUUGAACUGGACCAGUGCACAUUGGACGAGGAGUUUUACCCGUAUAAACUUUCACGUGCGCUGCAUUAG